UAGAAGGGUAGAAGUUUCGCAAAAUAAUUUUAAUAAACCUACAGGUUUUUAGAAAAGCACACCACUUUGAACAAAACUAAUAUCCAUUUGGUGAAGCAUGCAAUUUGGUACAAAAGUUGCAAGAUGCCUGCAUCUAGUAAUUCUUGCCUCGUUUAUAACCGGAACCGUCUGUGCCGAAUCAUCAUCAGCAGUUGAUCAGGGGUCCACGGAUGGAAAGCCUUCGCUACAGAUGACCGAAAAAAUAUAUUCUAACAUUUUUGUACGAAAACGAGAACAACACAAGCUAGUAGUGCAGCGCUUGAUGUCAACGAAGGACUAUUCGAAGAUAUAUGACCUACUCCAGCUGGCUUUGAAGGAGAUUUUAAAGAUUCUGCAAGAAGAUGGAGCCAAAUUGCUCCAAAAUGGCAUUACAGCCGAGACUGGUUUCCCUAAGGAAACCGAAUCUGUUGAGACCCUCGGUCGAUACCUAGAAAAUACCUGCUUCUUUGGAGAAUUGAUUCUCCAUCUGCCAGAUAUAUCGAACAGAAUUCUCAAAAAAUAUGAAUGGCAAACUCUUCUCAUCCAAGCACUGUCCUAUACCCGAGGCUUCGUCAACAUUUUAGACCAGAAGUCGUUGGAACUACUGGGACUGCUGGAACAGGAAAUCGAUGAGAGCAAACGAACUGAUAGUUACGUCAACCCAUACCGGAAGAAGUCAAGCGAAAAAAAACCGUCCAAACAGGAAACCAAACCGACCAAGAAGAAAAAGACCAGCUUGAAGAGAGGUCCUCAACUGUCCGGCGCACCCAAGACUGAACUAUGAUAUCAAUUAGGUGAGCCCUUUAUUCAUUUCGAAAGUUUAAUCUAUAUGUAUAUAUACUUAAUAA